AUGGUUGAGGAUCCUGCAGGCAUCCCUGCUUACAGUAACAGUACAAUGCCUAUAAAUUAAAAUGGACUUUGACUCCAAGUUAAACAGUAUAAAUCAAAACGAACUUUGACUCCAAGUUAAACAUUAUUCACAUACACAAGAUUCUGAUAUGAUCUUCUACACAGAGAUAUCUUUCACUUUUCUGGGAGAAAACAUCAUGAAGUCUCCAGUGACAUAAUGGCCCGAUCCAAAUCUUGAUGAUACCAUGGACACUUGCGCAGAGACAGACCAUCUUCCUGCCACAGAAGGAAAGAUCAGCAAAGUUAUUAAUCGAACUCAGCACAGGUCUAAUCUAGAGGAUAAUGGACAGUCUAGAGAAGAAGGGAGAAACUUCAAACCUGAAGAAAAAUGUGACUCUGAUUCAUCAGAUAACAGCAUGGAGAUCAUACUUCCCAGUCUGACCAUUGUAUUAACUGGAAACUCUGUGGCCAUCCAGUUUGGACAUGAAAACCUUCUACUAGGGAAGGAGCAGACAAAUGUGGACAAUGUAGAAAUAUCCAGGAUUGUUCCUGUAUGGAAGAAGAUAUCCGAUCGUCAUGUCUCUGUGAUCAAUAUGAUUGAUUUACAUGAGGCUGAACAUGUGGAUAAUCUCAUUGAUCAACUAGUGAAUGAAAAUGAAAUCCACAUCUUCAUCUUUGUAGUGCGACUGGAUCAGUUAACAGAUGCUGAUAAGAUUGGUUUUGAAUGGCUUCAGAAAGUGUUUGGUGACACAGUUUUUCAUUUUGUGAUGAUUCUAUUUGUCUACGAGAGAGAAGAUGAGUCUGAUACUAUAAUAGAUGAUCUGAAGAAAAAUCCUGUUCUGGAGCAGCUGCUGGAGAAAUGUGGAGGAAGAUAUCAGACCUGCAACAAGAUGAUGAACAACCCAUCAGAGAUGAGAGACCUGAUGAACAAGAUUGAGCGUCUGUUCUAUGACAAUCAACAGCAGUGUUACACUGGAGAGAUGUACAACACUGCAUUAAGACAGAGAGAAGACCUGAAAAAAAGUAAAUGUGAAAGGGAUGAUGCACUGACAAGAAUGGAGGAAACAGGGACAUCGGAGACUGGAGAAAAACACAAAGAAAAAAAUCUGGAGGAUUUUAUUAAGUUUAAUAAGCAUUCAUUACAGUCCCAUGAGUCUUGUGUUGAAGAGGAGCUGGUUCAUACUUUCAUACAAAAACUACUGAUGAUGAACUACAGAGCGAGAUACAUUAAAAUUGAUUAGAGAAAUCACACAAACAUUAAAACUGAGGAAGAUCAUACACAACAAAGAGACAAAGAAGAUGAGGGUAAUAUUUUUGAUGAUGAUCUUAAAAGCAAAUCUUUCCCUAAAAAAGGAACAAGUCAGUCUGAUCUCAUUCACCCCAUGGAUGUUCAGAUGGCCAUGUUUCAUUGUGCUGAUGGUUUCCUGAAGCAGCUGAUGGUGACUAAACUGUCCCAGUGUCAGUAUGCUCUGCCUCUGCUGGUUCCUGAUCCAUUUACUCAACAGAUUGAGUUUCCUCUUUGGACAUUCAGACAAAUUAAGAAGAGCUGGAAGAUGAGUGACAACAAUGAAAUCAUCAGUCAAACCCAGCCGAUCUACAAGGCAAAGACUCCAAUGGUGUGUUUCUUCAGGUUUGGCUCGGUGUCUUCAUCCAAGUCUCAGCUGAUGAACAGUCUGAUCAAUGAGAAACACAACACGUUCUUCCACAGGAACUGCCCAGGCAGCAGCAGAACCAGAGAACUGAUGGAUGGAGUGGUGGAGAUUGCCUGGUACUGCCCCUCUGGGAAAAACACAGAUAAAUUCAUGGACUGUGUUGCGUUUUGUAAUCUACACGGUGAUGCAGCAGCCAAUGAGAAACAGCGCCAGAUCCUCACCGAAAUGGCAUCAGUCAAUGUUGUUCUUCUACCCCAACUGGACCGGAAUGACAAAAGCGCAAAAAUAAUCCAAAAAUUGUACAAUGAAAGAAAGCCACUAAUUUGUGCUCUUACUAAAGAUAAAUCUACUGUCAGUGAAAUUAAAAAAGAGAAAUACAAGAUUGGUCUUAAAGGCAGAAAUCAGUCAGAUGUAUCUGAAGAACUCAUAAGAGUUAUAAAUAGUUUUAUAUAAGGGUAGUACUAGAUUUUUUUGAUUGAAGAUGUUUUGAAAGAUUUAUUUAUAGGAGUAGGUGGGAAAGUUGAUGAUGACUGCAGGAGAGGAAGAGAAGCAGCACAGCAGAUGAUGAGUUUACUGGAGAAAAAAGAUCUGACAGAAAUCAAAGAAUCAUUUCUGCCUCAUCAGGGGAAUCUGUGGCAUCAGUGGUGUCAAAAGAACAAAGAACUGCAUCGACCCCGAUCAGAUGAGACAGAAAAGGAAAAAAGUAAAAGAAAUAAAAUGAAGGAACUUCGGGAACAGCAGCAUGAAGUUAACAUAAAUACAUAUAUCCAGUCAUUUAUUAAAGAAAUGAUCUCACAUGCUGAGAAUAAGAUGUAUUUUCUUAAAUGGCUCAGAAUUCUCCUGGAUGAACAUGCAUCAGCUGAUAUUUCUGCUCUACACCACAAGUAUCAUGAAAAGUGGUCAACAGUCUUACAACUGAAAGAGGAACAUGAUAAGUCAGAACAACUUGAAACGGAACAAACAGAACUUGAGAGAAUAUCUGAGGAACUUCAGGCUGCAACCUUUGGGUUAGAGCACAUCAUGAGGGAGAUCGGACAGAUCUAUGAAUCAUGUUCAUCUGUAAAGAAGAACAAGAAAGACCUACAGAUUCACUUCUCUUCUCUCCCAAGUCUCGCAGCAGAGAUGAUGAUCUCUGGAUUUCCACUGGAGCUGAUGGAUGGAGAUGCUGCUCAUGUUCCUGUGAUCUGGAUCUCUGCUGUUCUAGAUGAACUCAUAAAGAAACUGGGAGACCAGAGAGUAUUUGUGCUGUCAGUUUUAGGGAUUCAGAGCUCUGGGAAAUCCACCAUGCUGAACACCAUGUUUGGACUCCAGUUUGCUGUCAGUGCUGGCAGGUGCACCAGAGGAGCUUUCAUGCAGCUGGUCAGAGUCUCAGACGAGAUGAGAACACAGAUGAACUUUGACUAUAUUCUGGUUGUUGACACUGAGGGUCUUCGUGCUCUAGAACUGGCUGGAAGAUCAACAAGACAUCAUGACAAUGAACUGGCCACAUUUGUUGUUGGUCUGGGAAAUAUGACAUUGAUCAAUAUCUUUGGUGAAAAUCCAGCUGAGAUGCAGGACAUUCUUCAGAUUGUUGUUCAGGCCUUCCUGAGGAUGAAGAAGGUCAGACUAAAUCCCAGCUGUGUGUUUGUGCAUCAGAACGUUUCAGAUGUCACAGCUAGAGAGAAAAACAUGGAGGGGAGGAGACGACUGCAGGAGACACUGGAUGAAAUGACAAAACUCGCUGCAGAAGAGGAAGUCUAUGAUGCAGAACAUUUUAGUGAUAUAAUUAGAUUUGAUGUUCAUAAUGAUGUGAAGUAUUUUGCUCAUCUCUGGGAGGGAAACCCACCAAUGGCACCACCAAACCCAAACUACUGUGAAAACAUUCAAGAACUAAAGGAAACUAUCAUGUCUCAUGCCUCAAAAUCGUGUGCAAUGAUGCUGAUAGACUUAAAAGACCGUAUUAAAGAUCUCUGGGAGGCUUUACUGAAUGAAGGGUUCGUUUUCAGUUUCAGAAAUUCUCUGGAGAUUUCAGCCUACAGGAAACUGGAGAACGAAUACAGCAAAUGGUCCUGGAGUCUUCGCAGUGCCAUGAUGGAAACUGAAAACAAACUACACAACAAUAUAGAAAAUGAGGCAAUUCAUGAGGUUAAGGAAACUGAUCUUCAAAAAGAACUGAAGAACACAAGCGAAAAAGUGAAAAAAUCAAUGUUGGAAUUCUUUGAGAAAGAGAAAGAUAAAAAUGUACUGAUUGAGUGGAAAACAUCAUUUGACCUCAAAAUCAAAGAACUUCAGGAAAACAUUGUAAGAGAAACAAAGAGGAAAUUAAAUGGGAUUCUUCAGCAGCGUGACCUGAAAAAAACGAUUGAUUCUCAGAGGACACAUAAUGAAAACUCUCUCUAUGAAAAGAGCAAAGAACUUGCCUUACAACUCAAAGACAAAACAAAGGAUGAAAUACUGAAGAAAGAAGAAGUUUUGUUUUGGGAGGAGUUUGUUUUGUUUUUGGUAAAAGGUUUUGUUUUGGUAAUAAAGUUUGAAGUAGUUAUUGAUGUGGAUUUACUUCUUAAUGACAUUUAUCAGGGAAUUAUCCCUGUUGACCUCUGGAAAGAAGGCAGUGUAUACAAUGAUAUUUUCCCUGUCCUCAGUUACUCUGAACAUGUUAUUUUCAGAAAGUCUGCACAAAAAGUUAAAGAAACACAUGGAUAUGCUCAAACUCUGUCUCCAGAAGAUGAAGCACAGAUAAGAUCAUUAGUCACAAAUGUUGCUCAGCAAACAAACAAAAUGAUUCAGUCAUUUAAUAUUUCAAAAAUGGGCUACAACAUCAGCUGCAUUCAACAACUCACAGAAUACAUCAGGAAGAGAGUAACAGAACAUCAGGAAGAAUCAGCUAAGUAUGUGUUCAAGAAUGAGUUUUUCGUUAAUUUGGUAUAUUCACUCUGUGAGAGAGCAAAGAAAAUGAUCACUGAACAAUACAGCCUGUUCAUGAACAGAAAUGAUCCUCUAAUAUAUGUUGAGAAGAAGCGAGAAAAGUUCUAUAGUAUUUUCCAGAAAUACUGUCAUGGAGCAACAUCUGCUGCUAUUUUUGGUGAGAUCAUCUGUCAGAAACUUAAAGAGCCCAUUGAGCAGAGUGUCUACAAGAACACCGCUAGAGAUCUGACAGAUGAAAUGAGAUCAAACUGUGAAUCACUGAAUGGAAACAGAUCAAAUCUGGAGUAACACAUCCUGAAGACACUGGCAGAAGAGGAUGACUUUGACAAAUACAUGAACUACAUUCAUAAUCCCAGGGAUCACUUCAAGAGUUUCAUCAGAGAUGAAGUCAGUCGGUACAUCACUGAUAAGUUCCGUGUCAGUGUUUUACACAAGAUGAACAAGAACAUUGAACUCCUGCAGCAGAAGAUCAUGAGAGCAGCUCAUGAAUCUACUGAACAUGUUCAAGUCAACAGUGGAGAUGCUGGUUUGUGGUGGAAGAAUUUUACAAAGCAGCUCUCAGAUGUGCUAAUCUUCUCUGAAAAAGACCUGAGUGGAGUCAAAUAUGAUGAUGUUGAUGAUUUCAACCUCCUAGAAGAUGUGAUAAGACAAGAACUUACUGAUAUAAUGUCUGACAUCAGAAGCAGAUUCAACACAGAGACAUUUCCAGUAAACCUGGAUGAUAAAUUCAGACCAGAUGAGCUUCUGUUUGAUCACUUCUGUCAGUGCUGUUGGGUUCAGUGUCCGUUCUGUAAAGCUAUCUGCACCAACACCAUAGAAAACCAUGGUGGAGAUCACAGUGUUCCCUUCCAUCGUGUUACAGGACUAAGAGGGUGGUUUCACUGCAACUCAACAAACUUUUCUACUCAAAUAUGCACAUCUGCUGUAGUGAGCAGCAUACAAUCUUUUUGUCCUAAUUUGCCAGAUAAGCCAGUCCUCUGGAGAGAAUACAGAAGUGCAGGUGGAGUUUAUGCAGACUGGAGCAUCACCCCUGACCUCUCUGAACUGCCCUACUGGAAGUGGUUUGUGUGCAGAUUCCAGAAAGAUCUGGAAAAAUAUUACAAUAAUACAUUUGAGGGGAAGGGUGAGAUCCCAGAUGAUUGGAGAACAUACUCAAAACAGGAUGCUUUGGAUAGUUUGGAUAAAUACAUUUAAUUAAACAUGUAUAAUAUAUAUACAGGUGCUUCUCAAUAAAUUAGAAUGUCGUGGAAAAGUUAAUUUAUUUCAGUAAUUCAUCUCAAAUUGUGAAACUCAUGUUUUAAA